AUAAAUUUCUGACUUUAGUAAGGUAGGGUAAUAUUAUAUAUUUUGACGAACGUAUUUGUAAGCUAACUGUAUCACAAAACAAGACUAUAUUUCUGGAAAACUGCUAUACUAGGUCUACUAAUUUUAUUUUACGAAAAUUUUGCAAAAUGUCUGGAAAUCCAUGGUUGGAUGACGUGGAGCCGUCGUCACGUCCGCCAAAUCGAUGGGCAGAUGAUGACGAAGAAGAUUUUGAUCCAGAUAAAAACUAUCUUGAACAAGUUGUCAAACGUAAAGAAGUUGAUAUGGUUGCAAGCACCCAAAGAUCAUUAGGAAUGAUUUAUGAAUCAGAGCAAGUGGGAGCAGCCACUGGGGAGGAGCUCAUAAGGCAAGGCGAAGCUUUAAAACGCACUGAACAACGGGUUGACCGAAUGGAACAAGAUUUAAAAGAAAGCGAUCGACAUAUCGCCAGUAUAAAAAGUUUAUGGGGAGCUUUUGUUAAUAAGUUCAGAAAGGAACCUGCACCAACUCCAGUCACAACAUAUGAUGAUUCACAACCAGACUCACGGUUAGGAAAGGCCGUUGUGAAUUCCAAAGUAUCUGGAUAUCAACCUGAAGAAGAUCAUCCAGUAUUGGCAAGACAAGAUGAUUCCAGGGAAAGAUAUGGAGCAGGAUAUAGCCAACAACAAGCUAAGACUGAGAGAAUGGCACAAGUCGAUGAUAACUUGGAUCAAAUUUCUUCGGGAUUACGAAGGCUCAAAGAUCUUGGAAUUGGUUUAGGAGAAGAAAUUGAAUCACAGGAUAGGAUUUUGACAAGGCUUGGUGAUAAGGUCGAAAGAGUCGAUAAUAAGACACACAUUACUAACAAGCAGUUAAUGAAAUUGAAUCAUUCAUAGGCUUUAAAAUAUGUUGCUAUUUUUGUCCAUAUAUUAUUGUAGUAUUUUUCAUAGAUGUGAUUCCUAAAAAAAGUAGAAGCGGCUGAGCUUUAAUGAAUAAUUUGUAAAAAAAUGAUGAAAUUCAACAUAUUGCUUGUUGAAUUGAAUAGCGGUUUUCUGAUCCACUGGAUGCAUGUCUCAGUUUAUUUGUAUAUUCCUUGAGUUUGUUUUUAGCGAGAUUUUUCUAGUAGGGAUGGCCAAAAUCAAAUACAUCCGGAAACGUUUUUGAAUAAGAA